AAGACGACGAUGAAGAUAGUGACGUACAACGUCAACGGCCUGAGGCCGCGAAUCGCACAGUUCGGCUCUCUUCUCAAAUUGCUGAAUUCCUUGGACGCUGACGUCAUCUGCUUCCAGGAAACUAAGCUGCGACGGCAGGAAUUGACCGCCGAUUUGGUAAUGGCGGAGGGCUACGAGUCGUUCUUCUCCUGCACCAGGACCUCCGAACGAGGCCGCGCUGGAUAUUCCGGUGUGGCUACGUUUUGCCGAGUGAAGUCGGCGUUCAACAGUGAUGAGGUGGCGCUGCCGGUGUCGGCGGAGGAAGGGUUCAGCGGUUUGCUCGGAGAGGUGGCGGCGGUGGCGGAAGGGCUUGAGGAGUUUUCGAAUGAGGAGAUGCUUCAGGUUGAUGGAGAGGGACGGUGUGUUGUUACUGAUCAUCAUCAUUUUGUUCUGUUCAAUUUGUAUGGACCAAGAGCUGGAGGUGACGAUACGGAAAGGAUUGAGUUUAAGCUCAAGUUUUAUAAGAUGUUACAGAAAAGAUGGGAGUCUCUCCUGCGUCAGGGGAGGAGGAUAAUUGUUGUUGGUGAUCUGAACAUUGCACCCACUUGUUUAGAUCGUUGUGAAGCAGAACCAGAAUUCGAGAACAAUCAAUUCAGAAGAUGGUUUAGAUCCAUGUUGGUGGAAAAUAGAGGCUCUUUCUUUGAUGUUUUCAGAUCAAAACAUCCUGAUAGAAGAGAAGCAUACACAUGCUGGUCACAAAGUAGUGGUGCUGAAGAAUUUAAUUAUGGCUCCAGAAUUGAUCACAUUCUUUGUGCUGGUUUAUGUUUGCACCAAGAGCAGGACCUUCAAAACCAUAACUUUGUAGCUUGCCACGUCAAGGAGUGUGACAUAUUGACACAGUAUAAACGGUGGAAACCAGGAAAUUCACUGAGGUGGAAGGGAGGGCAGAGGACCAUCAAACUUGAAGGCUCAGAUCAUGCACCUGUUUACACAAGUCUACUGGAAAUGCCUAGUAUCUGCCAACAUAGUACCCCACGUUUAUCUGCUAGAUACAUUCCAAUGGUUCGUGGUCUCCAGCAAACCCUUGUUUCAAUGUUAAUGAAGAGGAAAGUUGCUGAACAAGUGGACGGACAUCAAGAGAGUUGCAGUGAGACAGAGGCAAGCUCGCCUGACCAAUGUGGUACACCCUGUUCUUCUUCAAGCCAAGAAUUUGAAGUUCUCGGUUCAAGAACAAUCGAGAGUUCCAGCAGUUUUGCUAAUGAGGCUGCUUGUAACACCUUGGUUACCUCAUGUAGUGAGCCUACCAAAACAAUGCCAGGAAAUGAAACCAAGAAAAAAGCAAAAGGCAGUCAACUGUCCCAACUCUCAUUGAGAUCAUUUUUCCAGAAAAGCUCAAUCCCUAGCAAGAGCAACAGUGCAAACAGUGGGAUUGAUGUUCCACCAACUCAGAUAGAUAUUUUAGAAUCUCAUCAUCUGCCAAAUGAAACUUCCAUUCCAGAGAAUCAAAACGGUAAUCUAGAGCAGUGUGAAUUGCACUCUAGUGCAUCAAUUCGGGAUGGGAAUCAAGAUGAACUCAUUGCCAGUUCAAAGAAAGAGAAGAAUAGUUUAGCUUUACUGGAGUGGCAAAGGUUACAUCAAGUCAUGCAGAAUAGCAUACCACUUUGCAAGGGUCAUAAAGAACCUUGUGUUGCUCGGGUUGUGAAGAAACAAGGUCCUAAUUUUGGUCGCAGAUUUUAUGUUUGCGCACGUGCUGAGGGACCUGCAUCAAAUCCUGAAGCCAAUUGUAAUUAUUUCAAAUGGGCCGCUUCAAAACCUCGAAACAACAAGCCGAACAAAGGAUGAUGGUGAUUCAGUGAUGCGAAGCAAUGGCUAAUUGAGGUCAAGCUACUAUCUUCCUGUGUCGCCUACUCUUCCAGCUGCUGGAUUGGUGCCCCCCUCUUGGUGUUCUAGAAACUUUGUACCAACUUGUUCUCAGGAAAUGGAAGUAUGGGGCACCGGUUUCUCUUCUCCACCAUCAUUCGUGACGAGAGAGACAGACGCAUGACAGAGAAGAACCUCAUGCAUAAGCUCCUAUUGUAUAACGUUAUUCAUUUCUUCUGUCGAGGAAAUCUACUCACCGCAGCUACGAGUUGCCCUCUCCAUCACUGAAGCAACAAAUUUCCACAUUAUUAGUAGUAUAUUUAUUUCUUUUGCUCAUACGUAACUUGAG